CUGAACUCCAGAAACUUCCUCUUCUUCUGCAACCCUCAAAAUCUUCCCUAACCAAAAUAAGAAUCAAUCCCUAAACCCAUUAAUCCCCACCCAGGUUCCGUCAUCAUACCACCACCACCAUUUUAAACCUACCCAACUUCCGUCGUCGACACCACCACCAUUUUGAAAGCUCUAUUUGUGCUUCUCGCUCUCUCAACAACAUCGCCGUCGAGCCAACUAUGUCGCGGAGUCUUCCCUCCGACUGUACAGCCCCCAACCCAAUUUACUCCGGGUUUGAUUCGCGGAGAUGCUGUUCUUCGAGAGGCUUUCCACGACGGUUGGUGGUGGCUACCCUCUCGCCGGCAAAGCUGAAGUCGUCGACCCCAAUGGCGGUGCCGACAGUAGAGAGCCUCGCUCUGGCGCUCGAUUCUCCUCCAAUGUCUUACGGAGCUCGAUUUUCUUUCGAUUCUCCGUUGCUGCCGGUUCUGGGUCACUGCCGGUUCAGGGUCUCGCUGUCACCGUCAAAAUCUCUCUGCCAACGGCGCCUACUAUAGCCUUGAGACCGGAUCUGGCGGGCGGGCCACUAGUUGGAUCUGUAUUCAUACCAAAUCUCGCCGUCGGGUCGCUAAUUAGAUCUGUAUCCAGACCAAAUCUCGUUGCAUCCUCCUCCUUUGAAGCUAAAAACAGAAAUCGAGCUAGGGAGAAGGAAUGGAUUGUCCUUCUGAAAUAGCACACUCGAUGCGGCGCAGCCAGAUCUAGUCUUCAAUGUCCGAAGCAUUGGAAGAGGAAGACGAGAGUUCUGGGUUCUUUUCUCUAUUUCCAUAUCUGUCAUUGCGAUUGUUUCUAGUUUUUUAGUUGGAUUUUUAGGCGGAGGGAUUUUUCGGUGGCGGUUGGUGAUGGACGAGGGGGAGAGGAAGACAAUAUAGUUAAUCAAUCUUU